GCCGCCGCAGGGCCCAGCCGGCAGCGGGGAGCGCAGGGGCGGGGCAGGGGGGUGAUGCCCUUGUUUAUUUUUACCCGGGCGGCUCAUCCUCUCCGGCUGCCCCAGCGCGGCCCCCGCCGCUCCCCGCCCCGGGUCCGACGGCGCCGCCUAUAAAGCGCCGCCCGCGGGGAGCUGAGGAUGCAGCUUUACAGCUCCGUGAUCACCCACUAUCCGGCAGGAGGGACAGCCGCUGCAGCAACCGCUGCUGCCACCUCGCCAAGCACUGCCGGUGUCUUCAAAGUCUCCCUGUCGCCGGGACCCCCCUCCGCGGAGGCACCGAGCGCUGCCGUCGCCGCGGGCCCUAGCCCGACCGCCGAGAGUUCCGCCAAAGACGGCUUCGUUCCCGCUGGGGGAAGCAGCAGCAGCAGCGCCGCCGCCAUGCCCGCCUUCUCCUCCUGCCUGGAGGUGAUGCCCAGCGGCCCCGCGGCGGGCUCCGGCAGCCGGCCGGCGGGCGGCCCGCAGUACAGCUCCUGCGCCCAGGUCACCGUCAGCCGCCGCCGGCCGCUGGAGCGGAUUGUGCCCAUCCGGAUCGUGCAGAGACCUGAGGCCCCCGGCGAGCUGGUACCGGCCUCUCCCCGCAGCCGCGCCUUGCUGGAGGGCAUCCUGGAGAGCAUGCGGCAGGCCGGGGGGGACGGCGAGGCCGCCGUGCUGCCGCCGCCCGCCGAGGAGCCCAGCAACCGCAGCCUGCGCCUCAGCGAGCACUGCCAGGCGCUGCAGGCGGCGGCCGCCGGCGCCCAGCCCGGGCUGGUCCCCGGUUGUCGCUCGGCGGAGAGAAGCAGUAGCCAGGCGCAGCCCGCCGCCGGUCGCUCGCCCGAGGAGGAGGAUGAGGAUGGGGGCAGCCCCGAUGUGCGCAGAGCGCCGGGCGGCAGGCCGGAGCGCAGCGAGAAGCUGGCACUGUACCUGGCCGAGGUGGAAAAGCAGGACAAGUACCUGCGGCAGAAGGGCCGCUUCCGCUUCCACAUCAUUCCCGACGGGAACUGCCUCUACCGCGCCGUCUGCAAGGCGGUGUACGGGGACCAGCGGCUGCACGGCGAGCUUCGCGAGCAGACCGUGCACUACAUCGCCGACCACCUGGACCACUUCAACCCCAUCAUCGAGGGCGACGUGGGAGAAUUCCUGAUCGGGGCCGCCCAGGACGGGGCUUGGGCCGGCUACCCGGAGCUGCUGGCUAUGGGGCAAAUGCUGAACGUGAACAUCCACCUCACCACGGGCGGCCGGCCCGAGAGCCCCACCGUCUCCACCAUGGUUCACUACCUGGGACCCGAGGAUCCCACACGGCCCAGUAUCUGGCUGAGCUGGCUUAGCAACGGGCACUACGAUGCCGUGCUGGACCGCGUGUGCCCCAACCCGGAGUACGAGGCGUGGUGCAGACAGACUCAGGUACAGCGCCGGCGGGAUGAGGAGCUGGCCAAGUCCAUGGCAGUGUCCUUGUCCAAGAUGUACAUUGAGCAGAACGCCUGCUCAUGAGAACGUCUGGGCCGCAGGCUGGGAGCUUUGCUGCAGGGACUGGGACAGACAGAAGAGAAGGUGUGCUGGCUGUGAUGGUGAUGCCUUAAUCCUUAACGAAGCAGCAGCACCCCAGACCGAGAAGGACUGUAGCUCGUGGGGGAUAAAAUGCAAAGGCGUUUGUAAUGUUUCUGUUGUAUAAACUUAGCCUCGGAUUAUUUGCAAGCAGAUUCUCCGUGUAGCUUCGUGUUCCCCCCUCCCUCCCUUCUGUCUAUUUUCUAUCAGAAUGUAUUUUUUGCACAAGAUUUUUAAACUGUUACCUCCAUCUUCUACAUCUGACAUAUGACUAUCUGGCUUUCAGCUGUACAGCCAAAAACGUUUGUAAAGAAGUUUUGGGUGGGUUUUUUGUUUUGGUUUUGACCCCU